AUGGAUUCCUUGUUGUCAUUCAUGCUGUUCUCCAUGGCUGCAGCAUGUGCACCGCCAGGAUUCGUCCAAAGCAAUGAUCCAAGUAAUGUCGGCGCAAGAUGUUCGGAUCUGAUCCUCUAUCCUGUGUCAGCAGUCGACCAAAGUGACCAGUACAGGUUUGACUAUAGCGAUGUGAGUUUCGGUAAUACUCAUGCUCAAGGAGCUACAGUAGCGAUCACAUGUACUACAGGAGGUCAGCCAGCUACGGUAGAAGGCUAUGACCAGCAACGAACAUCGAUUUCUGCAGCGCCAAGUCUGCUGGCCACUUGCACCAACGUUGGCGGUAGCCAGUACACGUGGACGAUACUCGGACGAAUACUGCAGUUUGUCGACUGUCGAUUCUGA